UAGAAACACGAGGAAAUGUUCUCAAUACAUUCAUCGUUAAUAGACUCCAAGGAAUGGCGGGCAGACGCUGCUAGCGACAUCUCAUCAACUUCCGCUUUCCUUUCUAGGUGUGCGAACUACGAAGGCUACGUGGUUCUUUUCCGCUUGGUCAAAAUGGGUAUCGACAUCAACCAUAAACACGAUCGCAAAGUACGGCGAACUGAACCCAAGUCUCAGGAUGUCUACCUGCGACUCUUGGUCAAGCUGUACCGUUUCUUGGCAAGACGUACUAAUGCCAAAUUCAAUAAAAUCAUCUUGAAGCGACUCUUUAUGAGCAGAAUUCACAGACCGCCAAUUUCCUUGGCACGUGUUGUGAGGUUUAUGAAAAAGCCAACACGCGAAAACUGCAUUGCUGUGGUUGUCGGGACAGUCACCGAUGAUGCCAGGAUCUUCGAAGUGCCCAAGCUGACGGUUUGUGCCCUACGUGUGACCGAGAAAGCCCGUGGUCGAAUCCUCAAGGCUGGUGGCGAAAUCAUCACCUUCGAUCAAUUGGCGCUAAGAGCACCUACAGGAAACAAGACAGUACUUGUGCAAGGACGCCGUAACGCACGAGAAGCCGUUAAGCACUUUGGACCAGCUCCUGGUGUACCGCACUCUCAUACCAAACCCCUGGUUCGCUCGAAGGGCAGAAAAUUCGAGAGGGCUCGUGGUCGCAGGCGUAGCUGCGGUUACAAGAAAUAGACGACCACUAUAUUUAUUCUGCCUCGAGUAAUUUUUUCCCCUUUUUUGUAGAAAAACUCUGAGGAAAUAAAUUGUGAUAAUCGUA